CUGUCAGUUUUGUUCGCAUAGUCGCACACAUCACAAAAAAAAUUGUGUGGAGAUUGAUUACUUCUAGCAAUGUAUCAGUAUUCUGUCAGUACAUUAAAAAGUUCGUCAUUAAACUUCGUCAUCCAGAAUUUGCCGGAUUUGAAAAUCCUCCAAAUUCUCUUGUGGAAUGAGUCGCAGUUUCAUAUCGUUGGCCAAAUGGAGAACCGCAUAGAGGGCCACCGAUGGGGACAGAAUCUUUUAUUUUGUCACUCAAGACAUCAGGCAACGAUCGGUUAACCUCCUGGAAUCUGGCGGUACCCUUGGCGUAGCUUUCUUCCUUUGGCACUGGAUGGGAGGGUAACGACCGAUCAUCGAAAGGACUCAGGAGCUGUUUCUGGAUUAAAUAAUGGCAGCGUUUCUUGAGAUUCUUCAUGUCGAUCACCUUGCCACGCUUCGCAAACAGUACAAUCACAUCAGUGACCUGAAAAAUAAGAAAAUUAAUGAUAUUUGAUCUAAUGAUCUAAUGGAUCGCCAUCACAAACAGCUAAACAAUUUCAAGGUUGGCCUCGGCCAAGGUCUACGGCCUGCGUGUAGACUCAAUCUACAAAGAUGCAUUGCGUAUAUCGGCGGGAUUGAAUGCUCGUACCUUGAUGGGCUUACCUGAGGGACUUCCAGGUGAUGGCGAAGGUGGCGAUGCGGCUCCCUGUCAACAGCAGCAGGCGGCACCUAAGCCCAAGUGCCAGAAAAGGAAUUUAUCAAUGGUGACAAAGAACAAGGAAACAUUGAAUGCGCGUUUGGACAUGGUGCCCAUGCAGGAAGCGAUAUUUGGGAAGCUCAAUUCGACGGUGGGCUCUCUCGAUGCCUCCAAUCUACUGAUGCACAACAUUCUGCCCAGCGUGGACUUUGAGAUGCGGCUACGACCGACCAACAAAAUCUGUGAUGACACCGAGGAGACGGAUGAGCUCAUGGACAGCGAAACGCUGAGUGCUGGCACCAAGGAAUGGACCAAUGAAGAGUUGUGCAAUGCGGAAUGGCUGCCUACAUGUGCUCUCAAAAAUAUUAAUUUAUUGCUAAUAUGGUAGCACACACAUUUCUAUUGUUGUAAAUCUUAUGACUUAGAACGGGGUACCGUUUGAGAAAUGGAAUUAAAAAA